CCAAUCACCUGCUGCUAUACUCAGCUCCAUGGAUGAAUCGACCAAUCAACGCGCUGCUCAGACAAAAGUCACCUCUUCAACUUCCUAGCGGGAAGCCGCUAUCAGGAACUGUCCACAGGCAGCAGUGAUCAAUGAUAGAUACAGCAGCUAAUCAAAGGAAGAUGAGAUUAUCCCGAGCUGAAUAUAAAGAGAUAGUGAGAUGGACUGAACAACUGAGACCCACCCGCCAAUGUAUGAAGAUGCUGAAGGAAAGAUUUCCAAAUCACUCGCAGUCCACUCUUCUGAGCAUCUUCUCCCUGGAGUACCAGAAACGAACCAAAAGAACAUUCUCAAGACACCAUGCACCAGAUGUUAUUGAAAGCCACUACCAAAGGUAUCUGAGUGAAGCCAAGGCACAUCCCACUGCUCCCGUCCUGCUGGAGUUGGCCAUUGAGGUGGAUCUGUCUCCUGCACUGAUGGCUCGUAUCAUCCUCGACAGGUUCCUUCAGGGCCUGGAGGGUGGAAUGCCCUCUAAAACGGUUCUCAACAGCAUGCUGAAGGAGCCCUCAUUAAUUCCAGACCAAAUUUUGGCCAAUAACGUCUACCAAUGCACAAUAAAUGACUGCUGUUAUGGACCGCUGGUAGACUGCAUCAAACACGCUAUUGGCCAGGAGCAUGAGGUGCUGCUCUGUGACAAAUUGAAGGAAAGGAACCUUUCCUUUUUAGAUGAAAACCAACUGAGAGCUAUGGGCUACGACAAAACACCUGAUAUCAUCCUGGAGGUUCCCAUUGCCGUGGAGGGACACAUUGUACACUGGAUUGAGAGCAAAGCCUCAUUCGGAGACGACCACAGUCAUCGCACCUAUCUCAACGAACAGUUCUGGAGCUACUGGAACAGGCUUUGUUUCUUUUGUUUUGCACCGCAGAUUUGGUCCAGGCCUUGUGAUCUACUGGUACGGUUUCAUAGAAGAGCUGGACUGCCAGAGAGACAGAGGUAUCCUGCUCAAAGACUGCUUCCCUACAGACAUUGUCACCCUGUGCCAUGCCGCCCAGCAGGACCGACUGCCACAAGAGCCAGAAUAAAGACAAAGAGUGAGAAAAGAUGAGGAAAAAUACAAACAACUAUAAAGAUGGGAGGAAAGAGAGAGGAAGACAAGGAGGCAGGAAGGGUAGGAACAGGGGUGGAUACUUAGAUCCGGAAGCAAUUUGGUUUUCCUGCAGUGUGAGACUUCUGGCAAAAAUCUGCCCUGAACUCCACCUGACCCUCUGUCUCUCCCUUUCUUCCUCCAUCCCUCUCUUUCACUGCCCCAAAGCUACCACAUGUAAAUACACGCCAGAAUUCUGUAUAUCUGACAGCACAGGGUCAGAUUCAUACCUGUGUGUGAAAACACCGUCAUGGAGGCUUUCCUGGUUGUGGUCAGCUCUUGGCCCCUGGAUGGCCUCUCGCAACGGACGGCCAGGGUGAGAGCCAGGGCCAAAGUAAGACAUAUGGCCCUUCCUUAUCACACCCAAAAGCCCUGGCCUUUGUCACUCCUUCCUCCUCUGCUCAAUAGGCAGAUAAGAGAGGUGCGGUCCGGGGGCUGGGUGGACGCCUGACUCUUACCUGCGUCACUCAGUGCCCUCUCAGUCACUCUCCAAGGGGGUAAACAGGAUCAUUUCUGAUUAAAGUUGGUCUCACUGUGACCUUUUUCACCUCUCGUUAAAAAAUCUAAUGGGGGGGUUCCUUUUUUUCUCUGACCACAGUGAGUUGAAGCAAGAGUUCACACCGCAACUGAAUUUCAUCACAGAAUUAUUAUCAACACUUUGUAUCUGCUUCUUUAGUGUGAAACUAUAAAUUAAUUAACUGUAAAUCUUCAAAUUUUGGGUACAGUUUUUCACACAGCUCCCACUAACCUCAUAUGCCAACAAUUGUGAUGACAUUACACAACAGGUGUUUAUAUUCUAUAGUCUGUGCUGCAAUUAACGAUUGUUUUCAUUACCGAUUAAAGUGUUGAAUAUUUUUUCAAUUAAUUUAAUAUUUUUUGAUUAAUUGGUUAGUCUGCAAAAUGUCAGAAAAUCACAAAAAUCUGCCAUCACAAUUUCACAACCAACAGUCCAAAACCCAAUGAUAUUCAAUUUACAGUGAAAAGAAAAAGAGGUAAAUCCUCACAUAUGAGAAGCGUGUUUGGCAUUUUCUGCUUCACAAAUCAAAAUGAUUAAUUGAUGAUCAAAAUUGUUUGGCGAUUUUUCUCUCUGUCGACGAAUUGUUUCAGCACUGAUCAUAGGUCACAAGGUUAUUUAUUAGCCUAAAGUCUGUACUACAUGUGUCCUAUAAGCUGUGUUAGCUAACCUUUGCUAACAUCAAUUAGCAAGCCAAGUAGCCUGAUGUUAGUGUUCUUCACACAAGGAAUUAAGCAUCUCAUGAGCUCACAGUCAAAUAAAAUGCUAAUUAAUUAGGUCUGUCAUUUCCAUGAGUGCACUGUAGGUAUUGGAAAAAAACAAAACAUUCAGUAUUUGUCACCCUCUAUCCCACAUUUUACGCUGAUAUUUUAAAAUAUUUUCUUAUUGUACAGUGCGAUUUUGUAUAUGUGUUUAUAUUAAUAAAUAUGUUUUGAUAAAUGA